AUGGAGAGCGAAGCUCAUGCUGUCUAUAGGGGACGGCCCCUCGAUCUGGAUGACUCUUUUCGUCUUUUGCAACUCCUACCAGGCCAUCUCGACGAGCCUGUCAGAAUCCGCCUGUUCAGUGCUCAACUCAGUGCCGCUCCUUCCUACGAGGUCCUGUCUUACACAUGGGGAGAUCCAACUUUGAUAUCUGUGAUCGAGGCACUCUCUGACAAGAGCGAGGAUAAGCACAAGCCGGGUGUCGAAUUCCGCAGCACGGCCAACUGCCAUGCGGCCCUACAGCGUCUUCGAAACCCCGAUGCCAACCGAGUUCUUUGGGUCGAUUCGUGUCGUGGUACUUUCAUGGAUUCGAGAACUCGACCGACCAUCCGAUUUAACGGGAGCGGUGCUUUGCCACCUAGCAAAGAGGCGAUUGAAGGAUUUUUCAGAAGGCCGUGGUUCCAUCGCAUUUGGCUUAUCCAGGAGAUUAGUCUUGCACAAAAGGCAGUUGUUGUAUGCGGGAAGGAUGAGGUUGACUGGGGAAGCUUCACUGUUCUUUACCAACACAACGAGAAUGCGACACGGGCAGCCCGGCUUGAGUUGCCAUACCCCGUCACGUUUGCGAGCCGGUACAACAAGCCAUACUGGGAUGGCGCUAUGACGUACGCCAGGAGGCUGGUGCGGAUGCUUGGAAGAUCACGGCAUUGUGAGGCGACGGAUCCGCGGGAUAAGUUGUAUGCCAUCAUCCCGCUGGUGAAUAUCCGAGAUGGCUCAAGGACGGAGGAGUCGUGGGGAGAGGUUCUGGGGAUCAGUGUGGACUAUUCAUUGUCUGCUGAUCGGGUGUUCACUGACACGGCCGUUGCGCUGCUCAACCAGCAAGUUCCGCUUGACGACGUUCUUCGCCAUCACGUACCGGGCCAUGAGGCGCGAGGUCUGUCUUCGUGGGUACCAGAUUGGAGAAUUCAGCGGGAGAAUGGCUGGCGUCAUGCAAAAUAUGAGCGGAUAUUCGAGGGGUUUCCCGGAUUUCGAGGACACCCAGUUGAAUUGAUGUUUGAUGGGGUCCCGGGAAUCAUUUUGGACAAGAAUGGAACGCGACCAGCCGUGGUUGGAUAUACGGAUUCCUCCAUGGGCAGGUGGCCGAUACGUGGAGAUGCCAUCAAUGUUGGGAAUAUCAUCAAGACUAGCCCUGUUUGCUCAGUUGCUGAUGAUUUCUUUCCUGUUUCAAACUGGAAGGAACUUGUUGAAGAGGCGCGACGACAGGGAUCAGUCGUGCCCAAAUUGGAGAGACUCAUGGAGAUAAUGAUUGCUUUAAAGUUGGGAUAUCCAAAAUCUGUCCCGGGAGGUGUUGGGCUUAUUGAGCGGUAUAGCGAGCAAAUGGAAAAGGGGACGUGUCCGAGGAAGCCGUUAAGGCAGGUGAUUGGGGAGACGGCAUCUCGUAGUGGGGCGAGGGCUCGGCAUGAGAUGGAUGCGAUCUUGUCGGUUUGCGAUGGGAAGAGGCUUGCGAUUACUGAUGGUGGGUUUGUUGCUGUUGUACCGGGAACGCGGAGGUUGAUGAUGCUGUUUGGGUGUUGGAUCGGGUCAGGAUGCCGUUUGUUUGUAGGAGGACCGGGUCUGGGGAGGCAAAUGGGGUGA